UCGUGCAGUCUCAGUAGACGAGAGGCGGGAGGUGGUCGUCUGCGAGUUAACAGCCGAGUAACCACCAAUCGGAUGGCGCGCGCAGUCUGAGUUGCGUGUGUUGUGACAGGAGAAUUCCUGGAGCAGUAAUCAGAGCACGUGGCUUUGAUGAAGAGGGUUAAACUGCAUCUUAAGGUGCAUGGGAAACUUAUUCAAAUAUUGUCAUUUAUCUGGUGGAAAAUAUAUAUUAACAGCUACAGUUUGUAGUACAUGGAGUUAUAUUAUUAUGAACUGACGGAUUAAUUCAUUUUGGAUUAAUUUCACAUGUACUAAGAAAUGAAGAUUUUGAACUGGGACACUUGUUUCAGUGUUGUGAUUUUUAUACUGUGGACAAUUUUCACUAGAGCUUUCGGUUCCCGUCUCGGAGUGUCGGGCAGGUACCCGGUGCCCAGGUUUGCCCACUCUGAGACCAAUGUGACAGUAAAUGCCGGAGAGACAGCUAGUCUGGUGUGUAAGGUGGAAAAUCUCGGGACUAGAAAAGUCAUUUGGAGGAAGCUACCUGAUGUAUCACCUUUAACGAUUGGUCAAUACAUUUUUGUAAACGAUGUAGCCAUGUCUGUGGAACAUGCGCGAGAAUCGGAGGACUGGAAACUGAUCAUUUCCGGUGCACAUUCCAGGCACAGUGGAGAGUACGAAUGUCAAGUGCCCACUACCGACAAACAGAUGCGGAAACAUUUCUACCUCACUGUAAUAGAAAAACAGCAUGUUCCUCGGUAUAAAUCAAAUUCUAAAGAAGUGAUCCACAUUUCUGACAGACAACAUGUAAAUACCGACGAACCGUUUGAAAUUUACUGUAAUGUCACGGGAGUAGACUUUGUUCCUGAAAACAUUGACUGGUUCAAAAAUGGUGAAAAACUUCAGAGUAACAUUGAAAGGGGUGUUACCAUCAAGUUUUCUGUGACAAUGGAAACAAAAACUAUAAAGAGUAGUUUUCGUGUGGAGCAUGCGCGGAUGAGUGAUGCCGGGACAUACACGUGUCGGACGUCCAACAGUCUGGUUAAGUCGACAUCUGUUGUCGUGCUGUAUGCCACUAGCAAGAACAGCAAAAGAGUAAUUAUUUCGGAACGGAACUUAAAAUCUGAGAAUCGCAGAGAAAAUCCAUCAUCUAAUAACCAGCAGCCAAUGUCUUCGACCAAUCAUCUACAGUCAUCGUUCAUAUGUCAUGUGUAUUUGUCACUUGUUAUUGUGCUGUUUUUCUCGUAAAGACUCGUUGUUUAUUGAUUUUUUUGUAAAUUUCUAAAAUGGCCAGUGUUCUCUGCCCAGAUUGGUGUUCUGGGCGUGGUCUACUUAAGACAUUUCAGUCUCCACACAAUUCGUGUCAAUCAAACUCAAGUGCAUACAUGUACGCUUGUUCCAACUGUUUUCGUGCUGUCUAUAAUUUGUUACUCGUUUCUACCAACUAAAUAUAAUCAAAAGUCUGUCCUCGGUAAACAGAUACAUUUAUUACUGAGUACUUUUCUUUUAUGUCGUAAGUGGAAGAAUAAGUGUGUUCGAAAAGAUGAGUGAUGGCGCCGAAAUAAAGCACUCGGAGGGAGGUACUGACAAAACGCUGGAGACCCGAGACCCGUACUUAAUAUUCACAGCUGACGGAACUGUCAAUAGCCGUGCUAUGGAAGUCUUUGGUGUCAAAUCGAUUAUCAAGAUUCAUUUUAUGACUUUUCACAAUUUUGUGUUUUAAUUAUCUGGUUUUGUUAUCAUCAUAUUUUAUGCACGAGUCAUUCAGUUUAUUAGAUUUCAUCUCGGUUGUAUUAUUGGUCUUUACGUGUUUGUAGAGGCAUCUAAUGAUAUUUUAGGACUGCUUGAUUCUUAAUUAUCUGCAGAUCGUAUUCCAUCCUGCCCAUUCCACCUUAUCAAACUUUUUUCAUGUUGUUUCCAUUUUUAUUUUGCACCAUAUUUUGAAUGAACAUGAGUUCGAUAUUUAGACUUAAACGAUAUCUUAUUGAAUGAUUGCUUUUUUCGACAGAAUAUGAAAUUCAAUAUUCUUUGUAUUUAUAGUUCCCCAGAUAUGUGUUUUCUUUGAAAAUUAUUAUAGUGUUAUACCUAUGUUUGUUAUUUGAAAUAUACAGUUACAUGUAUACUAUUAAUAUACUGUUAAAGGUUAAGUUGUACCUUAGUCACAUUAAAUUACAUGGUCACGUGAUUAUAACUAAUCAAAUAGUAUAUAUGUUCUUUAUUAUAAACUUUAUGUUUGUCACAUGAAUAAAUAAUUUCAACAGAUACACGUAGACUUUAUUGCUGCAUAUUUUAAUAGAAUACAUGUGUAUUCUUUAUCUUGUGAAAAAAAAGUGUAUUACUAGUUCUCCGGUGUAAAUAAAAUCACUGAUUACAAAAAAUAAAGACAUCUGUCCAA